UUGCAUAGUUGUUGAUGUUGGAUUUAGAGCUUUUUACAAUCUUGUAAUUUUUUGUAAAAUAAUUUUAUGUUAAUGUAAUUUGUAAUAUGAAAUGGAAUCAGAAGAAAAUAGAGAAAUUGUUGAAGAUGUAGAAAAUAUAAAACUAAAUGAGGACAAUAUUGUGUCAGAACUCGAAAACAUUGAUACUUCAAACAAUAGCCCGGAACUUGUGCAAAAUAUUGUAGAGAAAAAUCAGAAGGAGGAUCAUGAAAACGUAGACAGUAUAAUAAGCUUGAAUUAUCAAGAAGAAUUAAGUCAAGCAACAGAAAAAAUAAAUAAUUAUGAAAAAUUUCUAGAACAACUGAAACUAGCAUUAAAUCAAAAAGACAACAUAAUUGCUCUCUAUGACAGAGAAAAAUCUAUAUUAGAGAAGGAGAAAAAUGCGCUUAAAAAGCAAGCAGAUUUAGCAAUUAAAGAAAAGGAAACCAUAGUUUUACGUUUUGCUAGCAAUGAGAAAGCUUUGAUUGAUGCCAAAAAAGAGACGGAGCACUCUGAGAAACAAUUAAGUGAAGCUAAAAAAGAGAUUAAGAAUAUUACAGGAAAAUAUCAGAUAUUAAAUGAGGAAAAAUCAAGAAUUCAAUAUAUGCUGGAGGAGAAGUGCCUUGAUAUACGAAAACAUCAAAAAGAAAUAGAAAAAUUGAAGACAGAUGUUAGUAAUUUAGAAACAAAAUUGAAAUGGAAUACAUUAAAAUUAAAUCAAGAAACUGAUGCGAAAAUUGCUCUUGAGAAGAAACUAGAGGAAGAAAAGUUUGGACCGAGGGCAGAAGAGAAAAAUACAGAGCAAAAACGAAUCGAAAAUGAGGCUUCAAUGAUUUUAUUAAAACAUGACGUAGAUGUAAAAGAUAAGCAACUAGAUAGUUUUAAAAAAGAAAAUAAAUCUCUUUCGGAAAAAAUUUUAAGUUUACAAGAAAAUUUGAGUAAAGAAAUUUUAGAGAAAAAUUCACUGUUUACGGAAUUAGAAAAAUUAAAAGAAGAGCAUACAUCUGUACAAAAUGCAUUGAGUAAAGAAAUGCUUAAUUCUGCUAAAUUACGAGGACAGUUGGAAGAAUUAAAUGUUUUACAAGCUCGAAAUACUAUAAAUGAAGAAAAAAUUUCCAACUUAAAUGAUACCGUGUCUGAAUUAGAGGAAAAACUUAAAGAUUGUUCUCAUGAAAUUCAACAUUUACGAGACAAGGAAAAGGAAUUUUUGGGUGUUAAUAAAGAAAUGAGUGAAAAAAUUGCAAAUUUACAAAAUCAUAUAUUAUUACAAAAUUCAAAGGUAUUAGCAGCAGAAACUCAGUAUGAAAUAAUAAAAAAAGAAAAGAAAGAUUUCGAUACGAAAUAUGAUAUUCUUCAAACUUCUUUGAAUAAAGAGAUUGAACAACGAAAUGAAGAACGGCUUCUUCUUUCUAAGCAUUUAUCUGAAAAAACAAAAUUAUACGAGAAUGUUAAAAUCAAAUUAGAAGAUGCUCUUGGUGAUUUAGAUGCAACAAAAAAGAAACAUUCGCAAAUAUUUAAGGAAUUAAAUAGAGAAAUUCAUAAAUACAAAAGACUUUAUGAAGAAAAUCAAUGUAAAGUAAAUGAAAUGGCUGAAAUUUCUACAGCUUGUGUUAAUAAUAGUAAUGAUAAAGAGAUAAAUCGUGAUGAGUUGUUAAAUAACGAUAAAAUUAAUCUACAUCAGUCAACACUAAGCAGCAGUCAAAGUCAACAAAGUGAUAGUGAAUCUGAUGUGCAAAGUAAUUCAUCUUUAGGACAACUACCAAUGGAACCAUCAAAAGAAUAUCUGGUAAAUAGAAUCUUAAAACUUCAAAAAGCAGCUGCACGUCAAACAGAAAAAAUUGAUUUUUUGGAGAAUCAUACAAUGCAAUUAGUUGCUGAAUUACAAAAGAAAUCGAAAUUAAUACAGUAUUAUAUGGUAAGAGAUCAGGUUGGUGCAUUGACCUCAACAAAAAGCGAUCAAAAUAAAACAGAAUUAGCAAAAUAUGGAGGUGUUAUGUCAGCAAUUUAUGGUGGUAUAAAAGGUGCAAACCAUACAAGUAUGACUUUAGAGUUAUCUCUUGAAAUAAAUAAAAAACUGCAAGCAGUACUCGAAGACACAUUAUUAAAAAAUAUUACUUUAAAGGAAAAUUUGGAUGUUCUUGGUCUUGAAGUGGAUAAGUUAACUAGAGAAUUGCAAAAGCAAAAGAAAUAGACUGAAAAUAUAUACUAAAUAUAUUUAUAUAUUCCACUAUUCAUUUAUUAUUAUAAUUAGA